UUGUUUAAUAAAAAAAAACACGCCCAAAUGUGCUGUAUAUGGAAGUGAGGUCAGCUGUUGCUGGUUAGCACAUUUCAGCAUGCAAAUGCCAGGCAAAGACAGCAGAGCAGACACACGAUCUCACUGUCUCUUGUGGAGCAGAUGAAAAGUAUGAUAGGUGGCUCUCUUAUCUUACUGAACUAAAUGGGGUGAUACACACUUGGAUGUAAUAUGGCAAGACAAAGAAGCAACCCUCUCUAGAGCUACAGCUUCCCAGCCAACGGGACUGGCUUCAGGAGAAAAACACAACAGGGUUUUUGUUCUGUGUUAGAAGAAAGUCAUCACACGAAAUGAACAUUCUGACUGCAGUCCCUCCGUGCAGUGGGUUGGAUCCAAAGGACCUUGGCAUGAACAGAUCUUUCCUGCCUCCCCCUUCCUGCUGCAUUCCACUGUGCUCCCGAAAAUGCUACUUCUGGGGAGUUCUCAGGAAGAGAGCUGAAUGCCAUAAGGAGGACUACAGUGGGAAGGGGGAAACCUGUGAAAAUCUCCCCUCCACACAGACCAGCAGAAAGUGAUUGGAUUCAACCCAGUUUGCCACCAGGGCCAGGCAAGAAGAGCGGGUGAAGGUCACAUCAUUAAUGAAAGGCCAGAGGCAGAGAGGAAGGAGGAACUCUAAUGGACAGAAUAUGGAUGGAAGUGAAGAAGUGAGGUCUGACUCACAAAAGCUUGCUGGAUUAUACUUGGCUAGUUUUAAAGCUCACUUGAAAAUGAAGAGACUAUCAUGGACAUGGGGUUUGCUGUUGUUAUUAUUAGCAUCCAAUGGACACUGCACAAAACAAUCUAAGCCCAAAAACUCUCUGAGACGUCACCCACGUGCUACAGAAGGAGGAGAUGAAGCAAGAAAGUGUGGCUACACAUUUAUUGUCCCUGAACAAAAAAUAACAGGACCAAUUUGUGUCAACACCAAAGGACCAGGACCAGAGAAUAAAAAAGAUGAAAUUACAAGGAUGGACAUAGAGAAUUUGAAGGAGGUGUUAUCUAAGCAAAAACGAGAGAUAGACCUCCUGCAGCUAGUGGUAGAUGUGGAUGGGAAUAUAGUAAACGAAGUAAAGCUGCUGAGAAAAGAAAGCCGGAACAUGAAUUCCCGGGUCACUCAGCUCUACAUGCAGCUUCUGCAUGAGAUAAUCCGCAAACGGGACAACUCACUUGAGCUUUCCCAGCUGGAAAACAAAAUCCUCAAUGCCACAACAGAAAUGUUGAAGAUGACGACAAGAUACAGAGAACUUGAAAUAAAAUAUGCAGCACUAACUGAUCUUGUUAAUAACCAGUCUGUCGUCAUCUCUUUACUGGAAGACCAAUGCUUGCGGAUAUUUUCACGGCAGGAUACACAUGGUUCCCCACCAUUAGUUCAGGUGGUCCCCCACCACAUUCCUAACAGCCAACACUAUACCCCUGGACUCUUGGGAAGUAAUGAAAUACAGAGAGAUCCAAGUUACCCUAGAGAUAGAGAUGUAAGGCCACCUCCUGAUCCAGCUACUUCUCCUACCAAAAGCCCUUUCAGGAUCCCACCACUGACUUUAAUCAAUGAAGGUCCAUUUAAAGACUGUCAACAAGCUAAGCAAGCUGGCCAUUCCAGCAGUGGGAUUUAUAUGAUCAAACCUGAAAAUAGCAAUGGACCAAUGCAGUUAUGGUGUGAGAACAGCCUUGAUCCUGGGGGUUGGACAGUUAUCCAGAAAAGAACAGAUGGUUCCGUAAACUUCUUCACAAACUGGGACAAUUACAAGAAAGGAUUUGGAAAUGUUGCUGGAGAAUACUGGCUGGGACUGGAAAAUAUAUUUUUGCUUAGCAAUCAGGACAAUUAUAGACUUUUAAUUGAACUAGAAGACUGGUCUAAUAAAAAAGUCUAUGCAGAAUACAGCAGUUUUCGCUUGGAGCCAGAAAAUGAAUUCUAUAGAUUGCGUCUAGGCAUUUACCAGGGGAAUGCUGGUGACUCUAUGAUUUGGCACAAUGGAAAACAAUUUACAACACUGGAUCGAGACAGAGACAUGUAUUCAGGAAACUGUGCCCACUUUCACAAAGGAGGCUGGUGGUACAAUGCUUGUGCUCAUUCUAAUCUCAAUGGUGUAUGGUAUAGAGGAGGACAUUACAGAAGCAAGCACCAAGAUGGGAUUUAUUGGGCUGAAUACAGAGGAGGAUCAUAUUCACUGAAAGCAGUUCAGAUGAUGAUCAGACCCAUUGACUGAGAAACUCUCAACACAAAGAAAAAAACCCCACCCUUGUUCUUGAAGUUCAGCCAGAUAUUGUAUUUCACAUUUUUUGCACAGUUUGACACCUAAACUUACAAAAAGCAGGGCCUACACGAUAUUCUUUUAAACAUAUAUGUGAUAUCCCAUGUGUUAAUUAUACAAGUUCUAAUAGCUCACAAAAGCAAGUAGGAACCUGCAUUGAAAUCUGUAAAUAUAAUAUGUACGGGCUUUAACAGCAGCAAUACGACCUACAAGUUUUGUAGGCUACAGUGAAAAUCGUGGAGGCAGAAUGGUUGAACUCUGAAAUUUAAGUAUGUGAAACUGUUACUGUGUGUUAAUGUACAGAUAAAUAGUUUUAAAUCUAUGAAAAUGAAUGUAAGUUUUUAUUUGAAAUGAAUUUUUUUGAAUGAAAUACAGAUGCACAAUGGCAACAGACAAAGAACUGGAGAGAAAAUCUAGUUUUGCAAACAUAUUUUUCAUCAAAUAAAGCAUUAUUAUUUCAGUCUA